AAGUCAUAAUUGGAAUAUGGUUGAACUAAUUGGAACUUUGGUAUUUGACCAUACACCAGGAACAGGAAUGACUUCCAAGUAUAAUCAAAUUCCACAAAACAUCCGAUCACGUCUAACCGAUGGAACCGCGAAGACGAUGAUUCCUGUACUUGUAGCUCGCAUCAUACGCGAUGUUCAAGGGAUGAACAUGUCGUUAUACCAACAAGUUAUAACACUACGGAGAGACUUUGACCACAAAUUCAAUGAGAUAAUGGAUAAUAUAGAAGUGAAAGAGAUGACGAUCGAAUAA